GGAGAAGAACAAGGGACCACGCCAGAGUGUGCAAUGCGUAGAUAAAGAAUUUAUCAGUACGUUAAUUAAACAUUAAUGUGAUAGAUAAAGAUUAUUCAAUCUGCCCUACACUCAUACUUGUAAUUCAAAUAUUGAAAUAUUUACAUUAAUGAAUUAAAACUGUAGUGUCAAUUCAAGAUGGUGUCACGCAAUUUUCCACGAGGUGGUAAAAAACCUUCGAAGAAAAAUGUAACAAAUUACUUAUUUCAUCGAACGUCAAACCCGAAGCCUAAUGCAGACGGAUUUGGAGGUGAACGUGUAGAAUUGAAUACCGAAAUCGUUGCAAGGACUGCACAAUGUUUAACGUACACAACUCUCUCACAAGGAAUGACUCUUCUCGGUCGAGUGCACAAUUCUACCCAGUACGAUGUCACCAUUUCUCUCCCAGGGCGAUUGAGUGGAUUUUUACCAGUCACGAAUAUCAGUGAAGCCUACACAAACCUUCUCCAGAAUAUAGUCUCCUCAAAAGCUCACCCAGCAGACUUCAGACCUCUGUCGGAGCUUUACAAACGAGGAGACUAUGUAGUUUGCUGUGUAAAAACUAUCAAUACACAGAGUAAACAUCGAGUUAUUCUUUCGGUUGAACCUGAAAUGAUUAAUCAAAAUUUGGAUGUUGGCAAAUUGAGGCAAGGAUCCAAAAUUGCGUGUUCUGUUAGUAGUGUUGAAGAUCAUGGCUAUGCCGUGCAUACUGGCGUUCAGAAUCUUCGCGGAUUUUUGGAAACCAAUUAUGUCAAAGACGGAGUUAAAUACUAUCCGGGGCAACAGAUUUUCUGCGCAGUUCGCUCAGCAACCACCGCCGAGAGUAUAACAACAGUGAAACUAUCAACAAAACCCACACACUUGAAUGCACCCUCAUUAUCCAAAGCUCAGCACGUAGAUACCCUGAUCCCUGGAACAAAAUUUCUACUGACAAUUGGAAAAAUUCUCCCUGACGGACUUCAGGUUACCUUCAAUACUGAUAACAUUGGCUAUAUAAACCGGCUGUAUCUCCAGAAACCCUUAGACACGUACGAACAGGGUUCAGAGCUUCACGCAACAUUUCUCUACACUCUCCCCAUCGUGAAAUUUUCAUACUUCACCGAAAUGCCUCUAGAACCAGAACUCGAAAUUGUCAAAUGUGGGGAAAUCGAAAAAGCACGAGUUAUUUUUCAAGACGCGAGAGGAAUUGUCCUGCGACUUGAAAAGAACAUUCGUGGAUUUCUCCCUUUCAAGCGUACGGGGGUUGACUUCCAGAGAAUUUCUGAAAAAUUCACUCCGAACUCUACCCACACAUGUAGAAUAUUAACGUACGAUAAUUUUGAUCGAGUCUACGUCUGUUCAACUCUGAAGCACGAACUUACCUCCGAGAACAAGAUCCCAGAGACAGUGACUCUGGGUGACGUUAUGGAAGUGAAAAUUAUCCGUCAAAACCGAGAAAACAAAUUUCUUUUCGUAAAAUCAGGAAGAAUCCUAGGAGAUGUAGCUCCGGAGCAGAUUCAUGACAUCGAUGAUGCAGUUGUCCCCUUAAUCAGCGAAAAACUAUUAGCGAGAGUCCUUUCAAGAGACAAAAAAGGAGAACGUUUCAAUUUCACAUUGAAAAAGUCAUUAGUAUACAGUCAUCUUCCAAUUCUAUCAGAAUUCGCUGAAGCUCAAGUUGGUUCCACAUAUUUAGCAACAAUCAUCCGUAAAAGUGGACAAGGACUAUUGGUUAAAUUCUACGGUGAUCUAAAAGGUGUAAUUCCUGUAAAAUCAUUACAAAACAUUCGUGGGGGAAUUAAAGCAUUCAGACAGGGCCAAGUGGUGCAUGUGAAGGUCGCAAACAUCAUCGUCCAGGAACAUAGGUUAAUCCUCGAGCUCUGUGCAGAAGAUGAAGAAUGGAAGAUAAGUCCUUUUGAGAUCGGUGCGACAGUAGAGGGGAAAGUCAUGGACUCUUCAGUUGAAGGAGUCCAUGUUCGCAUUCCUCACCCCUCUGGAAAAGGUACCAUCACAGCAUACUUGCCAGCAGGACACAUGUCGCCUUGUCAAGAAAUGGGAAAACGCAUGGCUGUUCUUUCAGUUCCCGGAGAUACUAUUUCAGCUCGAGUCUUCUCCACAACUCCGGAAUUUGUGUUAACGAAAACAUUGAUCCCUCAAGAGUGGUAUAUAGAUAUAAAAAACUUAUCCAUUGGUGACUGCAUUCCCUGUUCCAUCACGCAAAUCCACACAACAGGAAUUAAAGUUUUGUUGCCGGUGAAGAACUUAAAAUGCUACGGAAUUGUAGCGCUGAAUAAAAUAGACCAUAUAACAAUGCUAUUUAAACACCAAAUAUUGUUUGGAAAGAUCACUCAAAUCAAUAAAAAAACUCAGGUCAUUCAUCUGACAACGAGUCUCCAUGAAGUCUGGUCGUCUGCUGUAGAAAAUGACACCGAUGUCAUUACUUCUGUUGAUGUUCUGGCUUUAUAUCUUUCGAAGUUGAAGGAGUUAUCCUUACAGAGUUAUUAUAAUACAAAGACAAUCUCGAAAAUGAAACUAGGACAAAAAGUCUCUGGAGUUGUUGAGAAAAUAAGUGAAAAUGGAGUCAUUAUUAAGUUAAAUAACGGUAUUCCGGCAACUGUGCGGAAAGGUCAUUUUAAAAAAUCACUGAAAGUUGGUGAUGAAGUGAAUGGAUCUGUUCUAUGGAUGAAUUACAUUGAUGAACUUGUCGAGAUUACCUUGAAUCCAAUUUGGAUUCAUGCCAUCAAACCUAAGCAGAAUAAAAUCCUUGAAGAUGGUUUUAGAAAAAGGUUGAAAGGAGAAAUUGUUUUGGUAGAUAAGUGGUUUGUUCUUGCUGUUGUGAAGGGCUGCGGUAAGGGGAGUCUCGUGGCAUUACCUACUAAAGCCCAUGUGAACGAUCUGACACCUGAUCUAUCAAAUUAUAGAAUUGGAGCUACGAUCAAGUGUUAUGUUAUCCUGAAGGAUGAUGAAUCAGAAAUUGUUCCGAUUGUUUAUAGAGAGACUGCGUUUGUUACGACAAAACAAUUAAAUGAUAAGAAAAUGAAUUCUGCGGUGAAGAUAGAAGAUAUCACAAAACCUAACGAUCAAGGCUCCGAAAGUCAAACGCUGAAAAGGAAUAGAGAAGCAGAUGACGUUCUAGAUGAAACCAGACAAUCUAAAGUUACUAAGAAACUUGAAGAUACUUUAAUGCCAAAAUUCUUUGAUUAUAAAUCUGAAGAGACCAAACAAAAACGAAAACCACAACAUUCACAGUCACAAGAUGAAGAACUUGAAGUGAUUGUACCAAAAGAGGAAGAACAACAUAGAGCAAAACUCAUCUGUGCUAGCUCAAACGAAUCAGAGGCUAUGGGAAAAGUCGCAGUGAUUCGUGAAGCAAUUGAAGACUCAGGGUUAAAAAUUCAAAAUAAAAAAUAUGCAGAAGUAGAAGAAUUGAGUAUUCCAGAAUGUGGAUUUUUCUGGGACUCAAAACCAGACACUGCCCUGUGUCUCAAAAAGGAGUCCAGUGGUGACGAAAGAGCAUUUGAAGAACUGCCCACCAGAAAAAAAAGAAAAAUAUCUGCCAUGGAGCGAAGAGAAUUCGAGCGUCAGAAGGAAACAGAAAUCAGAGAGAAAGAAGAAGAACUAGCUAGCAAUCAAGUUCCCAAUUCAGUGGAGCAGUUCAAUAGGCUUAUACUGGCUAGUCCUGACAGUUCCUUCGUGUGGUUGCAAUACAUGGCAUACCACCUUCAAAGUACAGAGAUAGAAAAAGCGAGAGCUGUAGCUGCACAGGCCCUCAAGACUAUCAAUUUCAGGCAGGAAAAUGAGAAGCUAAACAUCUGGCAGGGUUGGUUGAAUCUCGAGUCAAGAUUUGGUACCCCAGAGACCUUGAACAAAAUCUUCCUGGAAGCUAUCAAAGCCAACGACUCUCAAAAGAUCUAUCUUCAUAUGUUGAAGAUCCAUUCAGAUGCUGGGAGAACUGCUGAAAUCGAAAGAACGGUGAAAACCAUCACGGGAAAGUUUAAGAGCCUCCCAGAGGUUUGGGUGCAAUGUGGAGCUGUACUAUUAAAGUCGGGAUUGACUGAAAAAUCAAGGCAAACCAUGCAGAGGGCUCUCCAGUCCCUCCCUGCAGCCGAUCAUGUGUAUCUCACGGUGAAGUUCGCACAGUUGGAGAAUAAAUUUGGGGAUAAUGAAAGAGCUGAGACACUUUUCGAAAAAAUAUUAUCAUCUUAUCCGAAAAGAGUUGACGUCUGGUCUAUUUACGUUGAUGUUUUAAUUAAAUCAAAGCGUUAUGAUUCUGCACGGAGAAUCCUAGAACACGCUGUUAAUCAAAUACUGCCCCCAAAGAAGAUGAAAGCGUUAUUUGAGAAGUAUGUUACUUUUGAGGAACAAUAUGGAACUACAGAAACUCUCUCACAUACACGCAAACUUGCCAGGAAAUACGUGGAGAAUUACGGCAGUGGGGGCAACCUUGAAUUUAAUCACUGAAACUUUUGUUCCUUUAUUUUGGAAAUGAUGAAAUUGUUAAUCGACAAUAAAUGAAAAACUGAAAUGAAUUCAACUUUAA